AUGAUGGAGGACUUAGCAGUCUCCAAUAUUGCUCUGAAAUGAGAGAAUGAAAUUCUGCAGGUUCAAGUGCAGCAGCUGAUGGAGAAAAAUGCUGCCUUGCAGUCCCUCAUCCCAGAACUCCAGAAGCCCCAAGCAGCCAAGGAGGAUGAACCACUCCAGGAGACCCAGAGACCCCACAGAGUCCCUGGAUUUUCUAGCAGUCUUGGAACCCCAAGAGUACCCAGAUGUCAAGGAGUCCCAGAAGCCCAGAGAGUCUCAGGACCUCCAAGCCUGGGAGACCUCAGCAGAGCCUGGAGAUCCCAAAAGUCCUCAGAGGCUAAGGAGCAUCAGAAGCCCCCAAUGGCCCAGGAGGACCAUAAACCCCCAGAAUUCAAGGAGGCUCAGAAGUCCUCAGAUACCCAGAAUACCCCAGCAGGCCAGGAGCCCCAGAAAUUAGAGCCCCAGCACCCGCCAAAUUCCCAGGAGCUACAGGAGGCACCAAAAUGCCAAGAUACCUCUAGAUACCUGGAAUUCUUUGAGUUUCCUGCUCCCCAGGAGCUCCAGGAUCCUGAAGAUGCCCAGGAAUGCCUAGGACUCUUAACACCCAAGGAAUCCCUGGACAGUCUAACAGCUGCUGAAACAACAACAGCUUCAGACUUUCCAAAGUCAAUGAAAGAGGCUGAAAAUUUCCCCCUAGAGUAUUCUUUAGCCUUCAGUAGGGAUACCCAAAAGAUUCCUGAGUUUCUAGUUCAAUUGAAGAGUUCCAUGAGAGUCAUAGGGUGCCUGUAUCCCACCAAAGCAGCUCUAGUAAGCUUUGUUGGCAACUACUUCUUAGGUCAAGAAGAAAACUGGUUCCAGCCAUUAGUAGAUAUCCAAAGCCCCCUGCUGGAGCAAUUUGACAGUUUCAUACAAGUGCUUCAGGAUACUUUUGACAAUCCAGAAAAUAUGGAAGAUGCCAAUCACCACAUCCAUAAGCUCUGCCAAUGAGAGAAUCAUAUCCACCAGUAUGCAACCCACUUCCACCUCAUUAUUCAAGAACAAAAUUUGGGUGCAAGCACUCUCUGCAUCCAAUUUCAGGAAGGGCUUGCCAGUUCUAUCUGAAGUGAACUGUCUCACAUAAGCCCAGCUACCAAUCUAUCUGAUCUGAUUACCCAAUACAUCUCCCUAGAAGAGAAGUGAAGUGGUAAACCUGAUCCAAGUCCACAAGAUGCAAGUCCCUCUGAGGAGAAAGCUGGACUCAUGAGUUUACCAGCUGAAAACCAGCCAGUGCAGGCUUCAAGCUGUCACCAACACCUCAAUGAAGCUGAACGAGCCCAUCAUCAUGAAGACCACAUGUGCCUCUACUGUGGACAUACCAGUCAUUUCACCAGAGAUUGCCCUGUCAAGCCUCAUCAUGCCCAGCAGGUGGGAAACAUCGAGGCCCGGUGGUAA